CAUCGGGUCGUUACCAAAACUUACACAUUACAAACACCUUCUAAAGCCAAAAUGUCUUCACAACUACAGAAAAGCAAGCUAUGCUUUAUCGGCGGAGGCAAUAUGGCCGGUGCCAUCAUCGGUGGUCUUGUUACCAAGGGCAUCGAUAAGCAGAACAUAUACGUUUCCGAGCCGUGGGACGUGAACCGGGAGAAGAUAGCGGCCACCGGGGUGCGCACCUCCGCAUCUAACGUCGAAGCAUCGCAAGAUGCAGACCUCCUCAUCCUCGCCGUAAAGCCUCAAGUCACGAAAGGCGUAUGCCAGGAGCUUGCUGGUGCUUGGGCCGGGCGCACUUCUUUGCCCUUAAUUGUCUCAAUCGCUGCGGGCAUCACGUUGGAGAGCCUGAAGGAGUGGUUCAAGCUAGCGGAUGGGCGCUCUCCCCACAUAAUUCGUGUUAUGCCGAACACACCCGCCCUGCUCGGCGAAGGCGCCUCGGGUCUCUUCGCCAGUGACGACGUGUCCCAAGCAGAAAAGGACCUCGCCGCAUCACUUCUGGCUAGCGUGAGCAAAGUAGCCGAGUGGGUAGACCGAGAGGAACUGAUUGACGUUGUAACGGGGCUAUCGGGAUCCGGGCCGGCGUACUUCUUCGCCAUGGUAGAGCACCUGAUUGAAAGCGGAAUAAGUCUAGGACUUACGCGAGAGCAAGCUACUCGCCUGGCAAAGCAGACUUGCUACGGCGCGGGUAAGAUGCUUGUCGAAUCAUCUGACGAGCCGGCGCAGCUACGAAUAAAUGUUACCAGUCCUAAGGGGACCACGGAGGCUGCGCUGAAAAGCUUCGAGGCUUCUGGACUCAAGGAGACCGUGGAUAAGGCCGUCAAGGCGGCGGCUGCCCGUGGAAAGGAACUAGGAGAGACGCUUGCGAAGUCGUAGCUCGGCGUUUAGUCUAAGCAACCGAAUGGCAUUCGACCAGCGUAUCUCAAGAACAUUAAAAUUACGUGGUCACGGAGUUAAAAAACAUUCUAGCAGUUGAAUAAAAAGCCAUUAUCACUCAUAUACAUAUAUACUCCCAGCAGUGAUAGUAGAGUGAGGCCAAACAUUUCCAAGCUGGUGGAUGCGAAUAGAGUGACGACAAAUUUAUAAUAUUUCGUCA